AUGUGCCACCACUUCAGAUAUCAAGGAAUCUCAAACGAUGCAAUCAGAUUAAGGUUGUUCCCACAUACACUGCAUGACAAGGCAAUUGAAUGGCUAGAUUCGCAACCAAUUGCAAGCAUCACUACAUGGAAUGAUCUAGCUCUAAAAUUCUGCACCAAGUUCUUCCUGCCCGCCAAGAUUGCAAAGCUCAAGCAUGAUAUAUCUAUUUUCCGUCAAGGCGAGUCAGAGAACUUUGAUGAAGCCUGGAAUAAGUUCAAGAAUAUUUUGCGAAAGUGUCCACGUCAUGGGAUUAGCAAGGGACUCCAUGUCCAAUACUUUUAUGCGGGAUUGCUUCCAGCCUUCAAGAGCAUGGUUGACUCGUCUUCAAAGGGAUCACUAUCCACAAAGAUAAUUGAUGAAGCAUUGAAACUUUUUGAGACUAUGGCUACUACAUCAGCAAUGUGGACAUCGGAACUAGCAGUUCAGAAGAAGACACCGGGGGUUUAUGAAGUACAUGUUUACUCUACCUCGUCUGCAAAAAUUGACUCAUUAUUUCACAAGGUGGAAAACAUGUCACAAUCAUCCAAUGUAGCACAGUCAAAGAAGACCAGUUGUGAGAAAUGUGGAGCCGAACAUGUAACAGCAGAAUGUCCACUCUUGGCACAAGGAGCAGAGCAGACAGAUUUUGCUCAAUGGGGACAGCGUCAGCAGAAUAAUACAUUUGGAGAAACAUACAAUUUGAGUUGGAAAAAGCACCCGAAUUUCUCUUGGAGCAAUCAAAACCAUAAUAGGCCACAAGGUAAGUAUCAGCAGCCAGAGAAAAAGCCUCAAUUGGAAGAGAUGUUCGAUAAAUUUAUGGAGAAGACCAACCAGUAG